AUGCACGAUCUGGAAUAUCAACUUGAAGACUAUGGAGAAGAGGCAAUUCUCCUCCCCAGCGAACGCUUCAUUUCUAAGCCUCGCGAGGCAGAUCCUGCAUUCGAACGGUCCGUUUGCCAGUGGGCCAAACUCGGACUCUAUGUCCUAACAGUGGCUUGUGCAUGCUCGUUGUAUGUCACCUCUGCCAGGAUUUCCGGGCAGCAUAAUGCCUAUGGUUUACGGCAGCCGAGCCAGUUCCCAGGUUUGGAAUUCGCUCAAGAGCUCGCACCAAAAGCAGGACCUAUGACGUACUUUCCAAGCACAAUCGUACGGGCAAACAAAGCCUUACCUGACCAAGUGUAUACUUCGGGCUCACAUGUCAUAUUGAGCGACGACGAUUCAAUGUUCUUCCAAUGGCACCUACGCAAGUCGAAAUUCACAUCUUGCUAUAUCGACAGUGUUGUUGCCACUCCGGAAGAUGGCCUUGCGGCCAACAAGACCUACACCUCAUCUGGCUCCCUCACCCAGAUUCAAAUUUGGAAUGUCACCACUCCUACAGAAUCCAUGAAGCGUCUCAGUUGGAACUCCCGACCCCAACGAAUCACACUAAUGGGUACUGUCGCAUUUCUUCCUGAGAUAGAGAAGACCGAGCAGUUGGAAUUACAAGAUGGAUGGCAAGCACUGAUGCCGACACGGUUCUCCUGUGGUGAGAAAAUGACUGUUAGCAUCGAGGUGGCCUGCGAAGGUUGUAGACUUGAAUUUCAACAAUUGUUUUCAUCUCCUCCGUUGGGUGAGUGCAGGCAGUUAUGUUACAGGUUUGAGGUGUUAGAUUGA